AUGCCAUCAACAUUCACACCCGGCAAAUCCGUCAUCUCCCUAAUUGCCCUUAUCACCACAAUCGCGCCCUACCUCGCAGACUGGAACGAAACACACAUCUACAACCCCAACUGGCCCCCGCACGCACGCUACCACAACGGGCAAACAAUGUCAAUGGGUCUCUUCACUGGUCUAAUUACGCUCUACGUUCUGCAUUUCUCACGCUCUACAUUUUCGCCGGAUGUGCAAAUCGCGAAUCUGACUUGGAUAUGCGUGCUGCAUACCGUGUACUACGGGUCGAGUCUGAGUGGCAUUUUGUACCCUGGGGCGCAGUGGAUGGAUCCAGAGUUCGGCGAGGGGUCACCGCAACUCUAUGGGUUUCCUGUAUUGAUUGGGAUUGUGUGGAUAGGAUGGGCGCUGGAAAAAGGGAGGAUCGCAAGAGUGAGCAGCUUGAAGGAGACGUAG